CUCAGCUUGAGCUCUUCUUUCACUCUCCUCGAGGAAGCGCGCGGAGCUCUAUGUACCGAAGACACCGGUCAUACAAGCGACCUCGUUUAACUUCCUAAUAUCGGGAGUUAAUAAGCUCUGAAUCUUUGAUUUCUCCUUCGAUGACCCCUAGGAUGCGUGUCUUGACUCCUGGGCUCGUGAGGGGACUGCAGCAGUAGUCUGGUCAUGGCGUUUCCUCAAGGAUACUUGUAUCAUUCGUCUCUGUCUCUGUACUCGUGUCCUCCGUACGGCUCCAGCGCGAUCACGGGACCGCGCACGGAUGAUCUGGGACGGUCCUCCAGCGGAUCUGCGUUCGCCCCGUACGCGUCCCCAGCCUUCAACUCACUCCGGUACAGUCCCGAACCCACAGCCCCCUUCACUUCCUAUGGGGGCUCCCCAUAUGACCCUUCUGCAGGCAUGACCGGCUCUGUAGGCUAUCACCCGUACGCCGGUCCCCUGGGCCCGUACCCGUUCGGAGACCCCGCUUACCGGAAGAACGCCACACGAGACGCCACCGCCACCCUGAAGGCCUGGCUCGGCGAACACCGGAAAAACCCUUACCCCACCAAAGGAGAGAAAAUCAUGCUGGCCAUCAUCACCAAGAUGAGCCUCACCCAGGUGUCCACCUGGUUCGCCAACGCGCGCAGAAGACUGAAAAAAGAUAAUAAAAUGACGUGGACGUCACGGAACCGGAGCGAGGAUGAAGAUGAGGAGGACAGCAUUGAUUUAGAGAAAACCGACGAGGACGAAGAGCCGCUCAAAACAGCCGAAACAGCACAGACGACCAAAGAUUCAGUUUUGGAUGACUGCACGAAAGAUCAGGAUGACGCGACGGAUGGUGUCAUCCUCGACUGUGAGCAAGAGAACCGGACAGUGUCUGUGUCUCCCCAAAACGAGCUGAGCGAAGCCAGGAGGCCCCUCAGUGAAGACUGCCAACCCACAUCUGUCACUCACUCCGCAAACCCGACCCCCAAACCCAAACUCUGGUCUCUGGCCGAGAUCGCUACGUCGGAUAAGAGGAGUGACGAAGCGUCACAGACAUCAGGGGCGUUAUCGCCCGUCGGGUCACCAGCACAGUGCCCCUUUCCCUCCAGACACUUCUACUACACAUCUCCUUUCUGCGCGGGCUUCACGAACCAUGGCGCGCUCGGACACCUGCAGGGUUCGAGCCCGGCGCAUCUGAGCGGGAUUAAUCAGACUGUGUUUCACAGAGCGACAGACAGCACACUGACUCUGCACGAGAGGGCCAACGUUUAGUGCUUUUAGUGAUGAUUUCUUUAUUAAAACGCAUUUUAUGUCUGAACUUUACAGGAAGCACAAA